AGUGCUGAAGUGCGGAGGUGCUGAAGUGCUGAGGUUCUGAGGAGCUGAGGUGCGGAAGAGCUGAAGUGCUGAGGUGCUGAAGCGUCGAGGAGCUGAGGAUCCUGUUUCCAUCACUGAUUUUGCGAUGGAAAACCAUUUGUUGAGAAGAUUAAGAGAAACCAUGAAACGUCUCCAAAAAGAGGAAGAAACAUCCAGACUUCCUCUUCUGUCAUCUACCACAGAAGAACAGAGACGUGCUGAGGUUUCCAGGCGUCCAGAAAAUAUUAGGAUGCAGCUGGACCAGGAUUUAAAUUUAAGGAUGCGUUCCCAUCAGAUUGUUCACACCAAAACCGAAAGACUGGAAGUAGAUCUGAAGAGAGCGAGGAACCAGAGUUAUGCAAAGACAAUGGAAAUGUCAAAACUCCUGACAGAGAAAGAGGAGCUGGAAUUAAAAAUUCAGGAGCUUACGAAUAAAAAUCUGCAACUGGCCAAAGAAAAAGAAGAACUCUUCAUACUCUGCAAAGAGUAUGAAGAAAAGCUGAGCAGGGAAAAGAGUUCAGAUGAGCCUGAGCAGCUGGACAAACUCAGACGAGAAAAUGAGAGUCUCAGCUGCAAGCUUAAAAAAUAUGCUGGAGAAAAUGCAGAGCUCCUACGGGAAAAUAAUGACCUUAAAGAAGAAUUUUAUAGAAAAAGAGCAGUAAUAGCAAAGCUAACGAUAGAAAACAAAGAGCUCGAAAUGAAAACAGAGAUCCUGACCUUCAAAAAUAUUGAGUUGACCGACGAGAAAGAGGAGCUCUGCCGAGAGUACGAAAAAAGACUGUGGAGAGAGACACAACUGAGGAAGGGCCGCUGCCCCUUAAUGAUGGACCGAGACCAGAUGGAGCAGAGACCCAGCAGCAGAGAGAGCAAAGGAGGCUCUGUGAGUCUCUGCCAAACAAGGGCAGACAUUACCGAAAACAAGACAGAAGCUCAAGACAAAACGAAGCCUCAAAUCAAUUUGAGAUAUCAAUUAAAUAAGAAAUGGCUUAAGGCUUCAGUAGACAGCCUCAAAAUCAGAACAUCUAAGGAACCCGGGCAAAAUAUACUGAGGUGGCUUCAGCAAUCGCUGAAAAUCCUGAAAGAGGAUUCCUCUGAACUGUACCCCCUGCCCGAAUGGCUUAAAGCAUCCACCACCAACCUCCCGAAGGAAUGUGCUGAGGCAUCCAGGGGGGAUGUGAAUGGUUGGCUAGAAACAUCGAUAAAUCAUUUCCAAGAAGAAGGGCCAGAAACCUGUGAUUUAGAUGUGCAGGGAUGGCUUGAAGCAUCUAUUAUAGGCAUUCAACAUCUACAAAAAUCCAAGUCGAGCCAGAAAAAAGGGAUGGCUGGAAAAAUCAAUAGAGAACCUCAAGAAGCAAUGUCCUGAAGGAUCUCUGGUGAAUAGAUUAGAAUGGCUUCAAGGAUCCUUAGAAAGCCUGUCACUUUCUGGAGAACCUAGACCAGUUCUUGAAAAAUGGCUUCGACAAUCCUUAAAAAACCUGCAAGACGAAGGUCCUAAAGUAUCUAAACAAAUGCCAAAAAAUGACUUGAAAUAUCUAUAAAGAAUCUUGAGGAGGAAGGACACCUAGGUACUCGGGAAUGGCUUGAAGCCUCUAUUAAAGGCGUUCAGGAUCUACAGAAGUCCACGGUAGAGAUUAAAAGAACUCUGAGGAAGAGAUGGUUUGAAAAAUCAAUAGCAAACCUCAAGAAGCAAUGUUCCGAAGGACCCAUGGAAAAUAGUUUACAAUGGCUUCAAGGAUCCUUAGAAAGCUUUUUAUUUUCUGAAGAACCCAUACCGCAUCUGGAAAAAUGGCUUCAACGAUCCCUGAAAAACUUGGAAAGGUCCUGAAACAUACAAGCAAGAUGCCAAAAAUGGCUUGAAAUAUCUGUAAAUAGCUUCAAAGAGGAAGGACCUGAAGCACCCCAUCUAGGUACUCGGGAAUGUCCUGAAGCAUCUAUCAAGGGCAUCCAGGAUCUCAAAUACUCUAAGGAAUCAAAAACAAGCAUGGUAAAGAGGAAGGAGAGGGUGAUUUGGGUAGAACCUGCUUGCUCUGAAAGAAACUUAUGGGUGGAUGGAUGGCUUCAAGCAUCUUUAGCUAAAGUUCAGAAAGAAUGGUCCUAGUGCAUCCAAAACAGAUAUGCAAGCAUGGCUACAACCAUCUCUGAAAAACCUCAGACGAGAAUCCCCGGAAGAAGCCAGAAAGAAUGGCUCUUGGAAUGCAUAGAAAACGUCCUGAAGAAAUCGUGCAAUAUGUGAAUGAGUAGCUUGAGAUAGUUUUAAAUCACCUCCAUGGGGAAGAGCCUGAAACCUCCCAUCCCAUCCCAUCUUGGUACAGACUUGUCUCUCAUUUCUGCUGCUUCUAGGGUUACUGGGAUCAAGAUGACCAAAUGUACAAACUGGAAACCUAUCAGCAAGUAUUUAUUGUUGUGGUUUUCCAAAACUUCUUGGGCCUUUUGGAGUGAGUGGCAUACUGUUUUCCUAAUGGACGUUGGUAUUACAGCAGGAGCUUCAUAACCAAUGAACGCUUGUCAUCAACAAUUGCGAUUAUCUAGACGCUGCCUUAAGUUGGGUGGGAGGAGAAAAGAAAGAGAG